AUGCAUCCCGGUUCUGUUAAACUAUUCAGUGAUGGAUCAAAGACAUCAAGUGGUGUUGGUUGUGCUGUUGUUCAUGUUAAUAACUUAUAUGUGAGCAGACUUUCUAAUAAUUCCUCUAUUUUUAUAGCUGAAUUAACUGCAUUAGCCAAAUCUUUUGAGAUUGUUUCUACUCUACAGGAUAAUAAUUUCACCAUAUACUCAGAUUCUUAUAGUGCACUCAUGGCCAUUAAGCAAUAUAACCCUAAACAUCCAAUUAUUCAACAUAUUCAAGAAUGGUUAUAUAGGUUUGCUUCCAAAUUCAAAUCAGUCCAUUUUUGCUUGGUCCCUGUUUAUGUAGGUAUUGCUGGUAACGAACUGGCUGACUAUGAAGCAAGAGAUGUCAUUACUAAAGAAGACAUUCUCUUCCAUCAUAUUCCUUCUACUGACAUGAAAUGGACUAUUCGUUCAUAUGUUAAAAAUAAAUGGCAAGCACGUUGGUAG